AUGGACCGUUUCGACAACUUGACCAGUACGCUCUCAAACCUCACCGUAUACGACUUAAAGUCGUACUACAACCAGGCAAAAAAUGUUAUCCUCAACGUCAGCGAGAUGGAAGCAAAGGUCAAGGAAGCUACUAACGACGAUCCAUGGGGAGCGAGUUCUACUCUCAUGCAAGACAUUGCGCAAGGGACAUUCAACUUCCAAAACUUUAAUGAGAUUAUGCCAUGCAUAUAUGCAAGUUUCAUGGAGAAGGAAGCGCGCCAGUGGAGGCAAAUUUAUAAGGCUCUUCAACUCCUUGAAUACCUCAUCAAACACGGUAGUGAGCGCGUCGUCGAUGAUGCUCGCUCGCAUAUAUCUACCCUCAAGAUGCUUAGGAACUUCCACUACAUCGACGACAAGGGGAAAGACGAGGGUUUGAACGUGCGCAACCGCGCACGGGAGCUGGUUGAGCUCCUUUCUGACGUCGACUUGAUCCGUACAGAACGUAGAAAAGCCAAACAGAACCGUCACAAAUACGUUGGUACUGGCAAUGACCCCAUGAGUUUCACCUCCGGCGGUAGCCGCUACGGUGGCUUUGGUAGCGACAGUCUCGGACAUCCAGGUGGUGGCAGCAGCUCUGGAGGAGGCAGCUACUACGGAGACCGUAUGAGCGGGUCGAGCAGCAAUGGUAUCUCUGGCGGCUUCCGCGACAGCAGCAACCGCAGGGACUUUGAGGAGUACACCGCUGGCGACGACGAGACAGUUGUUCGUCGCUCUACCUCGACCUCGCAGCGCAUAAACCCACGCUCUGGCAAUCGCUCGGCGUCGUCGGCUGCUCAACCUCCGGCGCGUUCAUCGAAGCCCAAGGAGCCCGAGGUCGACCUGCUGGGUGGGUUUGAUGACGAGCCCGCGCCAGCACCAGCGCCACCUGCUUCGAAUGCGAUUUCGGCUCCCUUGACUGCCACCGCGGAUGUUUCCCCAGACGAUGAUUUCAACGAUUUCCAAGCGGCACCGACCUCACCGACUGCCACGGCCGCCUCUCCCGCAUCCACCGCGACCGCCCCAAAGUUGAACAUCUUCGAGAUGCUUAACUCUGCACCUGCUCAAGCAAAUCAAGCACAAACGCAUCAACGCCCUGGUAGUAUGAGCAUGGGAGGAAUGGGCAAUGCGGGUAUAGGUAGCAUGGGUAUGGGCAUGGGCGGUGGCAUGGGCGUCGCGACCCCAACCUCUCCGCCCGCAAGUGCCGGCGCCGGUUCUUUCGGCAUACUCUCCCCUGCUUCCAACCGCCAGUCCUUCGCCGGCUCCCCCGCUGCUGGCACGCCCGUUAUGGCCGCCUCACGUCCUACUCCUGCGCGUGCUCCCGGCUCUGGCAUGUCCAUGGGCUCUGGCUCCGCAGCCGCCUCGCCGGCGCCUAAACCAACUUCGAACUUCGACGAUUUAUGGUCAAUGUCGCUUGGCCCGUCCGCGUCCAAUGGUGCAGGCAAAGGUUCGACUCCCGCCAAGUCAAUGAAGGACCUCGAGAAGGAGAAGACACAGGCAGCCAUCUGGUCUUCGGGUCAGCAAUCGAAACCUCAUGCUGGAGGCAUGGGCGGAUUCGGCAACUUUGGUAACAUGGGCGGAGGCAGCUCUGCGAGUGGCGGCAAUUCGGGCGGUGAUGACCUGUUACUAUGA